AAGUGGAAUUUUGCGAAGCAUCAAAUAAAUAAAUGUGGUGUUGUACUCCAUUCAAAACCCUUACACGCUCGCUUGCCUCCAUCCACACACAACGCACGGUCAGGGUUUCCUGCUUUGUGUGUUUUUUUUGAGCGUAGCGUUUUGCACAACCGCGCUUGCACGUCUCGAGUUCGAAGCGCAGCGACGUCGCCGCAGAGCAAAUAAAAGCAUGAGUAAACAAGGAGGCUCAGAAGAUCAGCUCUCCCCUUACAACAUGGCGGAUCUCGGCGCGGCCUUGCCUACAGGUUCCGCAGCUCUAAGUGCUGAGGAUCGUGCUGGUCUGGUUAAUGCUUUGAAGGAUAAGUUGCAGCACCUAGCUGGGCAGCAAUCAGAUAUUUUUGAUUCUCUCUCUCCUGUGGUAAAGAAGAGAGUGCUGUCUCUUAAAGAACUUCAGAGCAAACAUGAUGAACUUGAAGCUAAGUUCUUCGAGGAGAGAGCUGCUCUGGAAGCUAAAUAUCAGAAGUUGUAUGAACCACUAUAUUCUAAGAGAUAUGAAAUUGUUAAUGGCAUAGUGGAUGUUGAAACUAAGGAUGAGUCCCAGAAUGAAAAUUCAACUGAAGAAAAUAAGGAAGAAGAGAAAGGAGUUCCUGAGUUUUGGCUGACUGCUAUGAAGACAAAUGAGGUGCUUGCCGUGCAGAUAACUGACCGAGAUGAAGGUGCUCUGAAGUAUCUAAGGGAUAUCAAGUGGUGUAGAAUAGAAGAUCCAAAAGGUUUCAAGCUUGAUUUUUACUUUGAUACAAACCCUUACUUCAAGAAUUCAGUGUUGACGAAGACCUACCACAUGAUUGAUGAUGAUGAGCCUAUUUUGGAGCGUGCAAUAGGGACGGAGAUUGAGUGGCACCCAGGAAAAUGCUUGACAAAGAAGCUUAUGAAGAAGAAGCCAAAGAAAGGAGCAAAGAAUGUUAAGCCUGUGACAAAAACUGAACAAUGUGAGAGCUUUUUCAACUUCUUUGAUCCACCACAAGUUCCAGAGGAUGAUGAAAACAUUGAUGAAGAGACUGCUGAGCAGCUUCAAGAUCUGAUGGAGCAGGACUAUGACAUUGGCUCAACUAUCAGGGACAAAAUAAUUCCCCAUGCAGUGUCUUGGUUUACUGGAGAGGCUUGCCAACUGGAUGAAUUUGAUGAUGGUGAUGAAGGAGAAUCAGAUGAUGAUGAUGAGGAUGAGGAAGAUGAUGACGAGGAUGAGGAAGAUGAUGAUGAUGAUGAGGAAGAGGAUGAUGAAGUGGAAGAUAAGCGAAGAAAGUCUCGCCCAUCUGCAGCCAAGAAAGGGGGUAUUGUACAAAGAGGUGGUGGUCCUCCUGGAGAGCAGCCUCCAGAGUGCAAACAACAAUAGAAAAGUUAUGGUGUUCCAUGUGUUAGUUAUGUCUGAUCCCGAUUUGAGUCUGGUAUUGAAAGGUUGAUUUGGAAUGUUUAUGCAACUGGGAGAAUUUGUCAAGUUGGAAAUUAGAGCAUCCAUUGUUAGUUAAUUUGUUAGGCUUGAGAUGUUUUCAAGCUUAUGCUUUGUAAUUCAAUUUGUUACGAUUUGGUUAAGCCACUUUGUAGACAUUACAGUUUUGUUAGUAGGAAAUCUGGACAUUCAUCAAAAUUUUUAGUGUAUUUAUUUUUUAGGGCUUGGGCUAGUCUAAUCUUGGACUUUCACUUCAAAAUUUUGCCCCGUGAUAUAUAAUAGAUUGAUACAUACAUUUACCAGUUUUGUGGAA